CACACAGCUUCAGCUAGCUAGCUCAUCAUCUUUGCACGCGUACGUACGUCGAUCUACUACCAAGUCACGGCCAGCACACUGAUCACCUGCUGACAGAGUGAUCGAUCGAGCGAUGACGACGCGCGCGCUCGUGGCCAUGGCGCUGCGCUUCCUCCGCGAGUACGUGCGGGCGUCGGACCUGGCCGUGGCCGCCGCGGUGCUCUUCGCGUGCAGCGCAGCCAGGAGCCGGCUGUCGUCCCGCCCGGGCGAGCCGAUGCUGUGGCCGGUGGUCGGCAUCAUCCCGACGCUCUUCGCGCACCUCGCGGCCGGCGACGUCUACGACUGGGGCGCGGCGGUGCUGCUGGGCCGGUCGCGGGGCACGUUCGCGUACCGCGGGACGUGGGGCGGGGGCUCCUCGGGCGUCGUCACCUCCGUGCCGGCCAACGUGGAGCACGUCCUCAAGGCCAACUUCGACAACUACCCCAAAGGGCCCUACUACCGGGAGCGGUUCGCGGAGCUGCUCGGCGGUGGCAUCUUCAACGCCGACGGCGACUCGUGGCGCGCGCAGCGGAAGGCCGCCAGCGCCGAGAUGCACUCCGCGCGGUUCGUCCAGUUCUCGGCGGGCACCGUCGAGCGCCUGGUGCGCCGCGAGCUGCUGCCGCUGCUGGAGGCGCUCAGCGGACGAGGGGGGCCAGAGAGCGCGGCGGCGGCGGUGGACCUGCAGGACGUGCUGCUUCGCUUUGCGUUCGACAACAUCUGCGCCGCCGCCUUCGGGGUGGAGGCCGGGUGCCUGGCCGACGGGCUCCGCGACGUGCCGUUCGCGCGCGCGUUCGAGCGGGCCACGGAGCUCUCGCUCACCCGCUUCUACACGCCGCCCUUCGUCUGGAAGUCCAAGCGGCUCCUCGGCGUCGGCAGCGAGCGCGCGCUCGUGGAGGCCGCCCGCGCCGUGCGGAAGUUCGCCGAGCGGACCGUCGCCGACCGCCGCGCCGAGCUGCGCAAGGUGGGGGACCUGGCCGGCCGCUUCGACCUCCUCUCGCGGCUCAUGUCGUCGCCCCCUCCCGCCGGCUACUCCGACGAGUUCCUGCGUGACUUCUGCAUCAGCUUCAUCCUCGCGGGCCGCGACACCAGCUCCGUCGCGCUCACCUGGUUCUUCUGGCUCCUCGCCUCCCACCCGCACGUGGAGGCCCGCGUCCUCGACGACGUCGCCCGCGGCGGCGGCGACGUCAGCGCCAUGGACUACCUCCACGCGGCCCUGACCGAGUCCAUGCGCCUGUACCCGCCGGUGCCCGUCGACUUCAAGGAGGCCCUGGAGGACGACGUGCUCCCGGACGGCACGCUGGUGCGCGCGCGGCAGCGGGUGAUCUACUACACGUACGCCAUGGGACGGGACAAGGCCACCUGGGGCCCCGACUGCCUGGAGUUCCGCCCGGAGCGCUGGCUGAGCAAGAGCGGCGCGUUCGCGGGCGGCGCCGAGAGCCCCUACAAGUACGUGGUGUUCAAUGCGGGGCCGAGGCUGUGCGUCGGCAAGCGCUUCGCGUACACGCAGAUGAAGAUGGCGGCGGCGGCGGUGCUGGCGCGGUUCCGGGUGGAGGUGCUGCCGGGGCAGGAGGUGAAGCCCAAGCUCAACACCACGCUCUAUAUGAAGAACGGGCUCAUGGUGCGCUUCGUUCGCAGGGAGCAGCGGCACGAGCUCGGCCACCCUCUGCCUGCUGCAGCUGCAGAUGCAGGGGAAGAUUGAAGAAGAUCAGUUGGAGGCCCCUUUUUCACGGGAUGAAGCGCAACAUCACCAUUCACCCGGGAAAGAACCAAACUCCGGGCGGAAGACGUCCAAUGCGCAAAUAUUAAUAUGAAUAUAUGAAUGGGUGAAUGAGCCCAUGCAUGGAUAUAUAUUGUGGCAUACUUGUGCUAUGUACUUCCUGUUCCUCUGUGUGUACGUGUAUCGUGGUAAUGCCGUCCAGAUCCCGAUGAAAAAUCACUUUGUCGUGUGUUCCAAGAAACGAGUGUACAUUUGCUCCGUCUGUUUGAAAUUACAAACGUUAUUUAAUACUUACUCCGUUUUAA